AUGACCUCCUUGGCCGCGUUCAGAGACCAACGCAGUGCUCAGCUGCGGAGGCUAGCAGAGGAGCAUCUCCAACACGACUUGACUCAAUCCGACCGUGACACUCUCAGAAGUGCUGGUGGGAAGAUAGGAACCCAUGCCAAAAUUGGCACGCUCCUUGGCCUUACCUUGGGCAUAGUUUACUGCGCUGCUCGGUUACGGACCAUGCGCGUAGCAUACUUCCAAGCGUUCAGGGCGCUGGAGAAACCGGUCGAGGUCAAGUUCGCUGAUGGCAGGACAGCGCCCGUUCCAGACCUUACUGAACAGCUAGCGCCUUCCAAGUGGGGAGAUGCGGCGACCUAUUUCUUCUUCUCGCUCGGCGGACUGUUUGUUGGUGGGGAGCUGGGAUUCAUGUCCGGCACAGCGUCAGCGUCGCGAACCAUAGCCAAAGACCCACAGGCGAAGGAACGCAUUGAGCGGGCGUUCAAGAAUUAUCAGGUUGAUGUAAUGAAGCAGCAAAUCAAGCUUUUGGAGGGGAGACCGAAGAUUGAUGAUAUAUUCCGCUCAGAUAGCGGAAUGCAAGGAUGA